UGGUACAGUCCAACGUCGCUGUCAAAUUGAACUCGCCCACUCGCUCCAGUUCAAGGGCAGUCAUUGAAAAGGCACAGAAAACAGUCAGCCUCGGUUCUGCUCACACCGCCGCCAACAUGCUCUGCAGACUUAGUCAGAUACACAGGUGCGCUGCCGGUUUAAGCGGACGUGUCCGGCAGAAGCACACGCUUCCCGACCUGACCUACGACUACGGCGCCCUGGAGCCUCACAUCAACGCCGAGAUCAUGCAGCUGCACCACAGCAAGCACCACGCCACCUACGUCAACAACCUCAACGUGACGGAGGAGAAGUAUAAGGAGGCGCUCGCAAAAGGAGAUGUGACGGCACAGGUCAGUCUUCAGGCUGCUCUCAAGUUCAACGGGGGAGGUCACAUUAAUCACACCAUCUUCUGGACGAACCUCUCUCCCAACGGUGGGGGCGAGCCACAAGGGGAACUCAUGGAGGCCAUCAAGCGGGACUUUGGCUCCUUCCAGAGCAUGAAGGAAAGGAUGUCUGCGGCCACAGUGGCGGUUCAAGGCUCAGGCUGGGGCUGGCUGGGCUACGACAAGCAAAGCGGAAGACUCUGCAUCGCGGCCUGCGCCAACCAAGACCCUCUGCAGGGCACCACAGGCCUCACCCCCCUCCUCGGCAUCGACGUAUGGGAGCACGCCUACUACCUUCAGUACAAAAAUGUACGGCCGGACUACGUGAAGGCCAUUUGGAACGUCGUCAACUGGGAGAACGUGAGCGAGCGAAUGCAGACCGCCAAGAAAUAGACUCGGCCGUCCGACUGUGAACGGAAGAAAUCAUUGUAGAUCACUUAUACAAUUUUUUUAUUGAGAGCCUUGAGGAUGUCGAACACCCUGCACUUACUUUAAUAUCUCAUGCAUUACCGCGGGUCCUCUCCCUGUCUAUAAAGUGCACAAAAACUGACGUUUCACGUCAAAAGUGAACUGCUUGCCCGAAUCCCGACGGCCGUGUGUGCAAUGAUAUAAUCAUGACGUGUCGGCUUAUGUCGUGGUAAAACAAAAAUCAUGUGAUCAGUUUCUUUGGUGUGUAAUAAAUAUUAAAGAGUACAAGUGGUUGUGUUUCAUUCAGAUAUCAAUUUGGGAAGGCGCAUGAAUGAAUGUAUGGCUACUACAAAAUAAAUACAUUGCUUUAA